AUGAACUGUGACCAAUAUGCUUCUGGUGCUUUCCGCGAGUUGGCCAUGGCAUUAGGCAUAAGGAACUGCCCUAGAAAUUAACACACCAUGCAUAUACGGGGAACUGAAAAGAAGCACAAAACCAAUUCUAAGAUAGAGUAGCAGUUUUAUUAGUAUUUGCAAGACGCACUGGAAAAUAGCAAAAAGCCAAAGCCGCAGUACUGAUACAGACGAUUACUCACUGAGUUAUGUAUAAAAGAGCAUCCUUGUCAACUGUUUUUUGCUAUUUUUAGUUUCUAGUGGCCCAUUUUGAUCACGCUGGCUUUGUUUUGUCUUUCUUAUUUGUCCUAUCGUUUUUUGAACUUUGCUGACCAUAACGAAAGACAUCUCUGCACCAACGCGGGGUGCAAAAAUUGAAAAGGUUUUAUUUUCAUCAGACAAAUUGAUUACAAUAGAAGCCUCGUUUGGCAGGAGUAACAUCUAGCAGGGUCUAUGGUUUUUUCACUUAUGAUCACGUAUGAAGACUAUUUAAUUUAUGGGAAUCUAAUUUAAACAAGAAGCUGCGCAAAGACAUGUCUCGAAUCAUCGAUCUCAUUACAACACUGAAAUUGGCAACAGACCGGAGUAAAAUCUACCCUGAAGAUUUAUGAUCCUGGCACUGUUUUACAUGGUCUUGCUUGAAUUUGGUUAACUCAAAAGAGGUAUGAUUUUAGUUAUGAAACUGCAUAUUGAUUCUUUUUUUGCAAGUGCUCCGAAAACAAACAGCGCCAGAAGCUCCUGGGCUCGUGGUGGUGGGAGGAGGGAGAGACGUUGAGCCUUACCGAACACAAUCCGAGACUAGGCUAUACUGUAAAAAUGAAGCUCAACUUAAGUGUGAUGUCCAAAGUUGAUAAUGUUUUCUUCGUUCUUGUGAUGAAACCCUUACUUCUUGGUAUUUUUUAAAACCUUAAUAACAAGGAAUCGAUCGGUUUUUUUCCCUAUGAUUUAUUUAGCCUAAGGGAAUUUUAGUCUGGGUAUGAAACUAAUAACUCUGGAAGCGCUGUCUUCGAUUAGUUUGACUUGUGUUGCUUGCUUAAUUUUCAUGGGAAGUAUGAAGAGUCAGCAAUGCUCGGGUCGGAGAAUGUGGUAAUCAAGUUAUUUCACCAAAACUCCUGGAGAGGUAGCGACAAGGGCUGGUACUGCGGAGUAUAUGGGAAACAUAGCCGACUCUUGUUUUUUAAGUCGCAAAAAUGUAAAUUCCUUGAAAUCGUUGACUGUAUGUUGCACAUGCUAUUUGCAUUUAUUGCACGGGGUAUUGAUCGUGAAUUGCAGUGACCGAGACUAAAUCUCUUAGUAUUGUCCCUGAUCGAGCUGUAACUUAUCCUUACACUGAUUAGAUGAGUUCCUCUUUUACCUAGUAAACAUCAUAAACGUAUUGCGUUUACAGUUCUGUUGCUCAGUGCCUGUAAAGAGUAAACAAUGUCCGCAAGGCGUGAUCGAACAAUUUCAAAAGAAGUGAAUGCCACUGUUAUUAAAAAAGACUUAAGGUCAGCUGGAAUGUGUUUAGCAGAGCGGUUGGUGUUGAAAAUAACUAGAUCUAUCAGUCUGGGCAAGUACUACACCAUUUCGGUAGUUUACCAUUCUAGGGUUUGCUUGAUUCUUAGUUUUAAACAGUUGACUAUACUACUGAAUUUACUACUGCUAUGACUUUAGGUAGAAUUCUUUUUUCACGUUACUAAAGUCCUUCUAACAUUGGGCCAAAUUUUGAUUAAUUUGGUUGUGCAGAAUUUUUUUUUUUGCAGUUUAAUGUCGCUUUUUCAAAAUACUCGGCUACCUUUUAAGUAGAAUCAAAACUCAACAAAUCCCGCAAGGCAUCUGAAAAAAAGAAUUCCUAAAAUUAAAGUAAACAGCUCAUGAGGUAUAAGAACACUGGCAGAUUUAAUCGGAAUGGUCACUCAUUUUUCAAUGGAACGAGAUUCACCAAAUGCUUUUAAUAUCUGACUUUAAUAGUGUGUGAAAAGGUAAAACUGGAAUUCCAUCACUAAAUAUACAGUCUAAACAGCAUGGAGUCUUUGAUAGCUACUUGAAAUAUUAUUUAAAAAUCAGUAAGUGGUAGCUGUUAUCAUGUACUUGUUACAUACAAGACAUUUUAUCACCCCUAUUAUCAUCAUCAUUCUUACUACUAACACUGUUGUAUCAUAACAUAUUAUAACGCAAAAAAGUGCAGCACAGAAACUACGCUUAAUGGCGUUUUUAUCAAAAUGGCAAAAAAAAUCAGGAGGUGCUUUAUAAAUUCAAAUUAUAGGUCGAAUUACACUGAAUCCUUGAAAAGUUGCUGUGUUAUUGUCCCCACCACACCCUAAAAAAUUCAAGUUUCCAAGUAUUCAUUCAUUCAUAUAAUCCGGCAACCAAAAUAAGGACAGGGUAUAUAGUGCAUUACUUGUUCAUAUUACAUGUCGCGGUUCAAUUUUAUCUCUGCCUUGGUUUAAAUUGCCUUUUAUGUGUUUUAAACUUUCUAUUAUAGAUUAGCGCGUUCGUAGAAACUGGGUCCAAGAAAGCAAGCGCGCUAACAAAAAAUAUUGCUUUCUUAAAACAGAAGACUAUUAAACAGGGUCUCGGUUUCGCCGGACUGACCGGGGCAUUCACAUGCUACGAAGGCUGUAAAAGUAUUAAGAAGCAAACGACGUAAUUUUUGCUAAAAAAUUUGAGUUAACGUACGUAGCCCCUUGAGAUCGAUGAUAUGGUAAUUUUUUCAUAGUAUAUUGACUGAAUUGCUGAAUUCUUUGUAAUAUCAUGAUGCGUUAAAAAUAUCCGAUGAUCGCUUAUGUAAAAUAAAAAUGAUCGGCGAAAUUCGUCAAAAUUUUACCGAGGCGAGUGCCUCGGUUGGCCUCAUACUAGCUACGGCGCUGCCUUGUACGUUGUUAUUUACGGUCUUGAUCGUGCGGUAUCAUAUCAAGUCACGAAAAGUGCAUCAUGUCUCCUAGCCCUGAUUCUUGAAAACACUACCGACCGCCGGGAAAAAAAUAAGAGAAUUUUGAAACAACAAACACCUCUUUGCGUCUUGACAAACCCUAGUCGGUGUUAUAUAGUGAAUAAUUGCAUUGCACGUUUUUGUAGUAACAAAAUUAGCAUGAUGUGUACCCAUUUGUGGCUGACUGUUUACACCACGUCUUCUGCUGAAAGUUAAAGACAAUAUUUGUGUCGCAGAAGUCACUGUAAUUCAAUAGAUUUUUUUCUGGUCUGUCUCCUCACAUCUAAAUUGACCGUUCUGAAUUCAUUAAUACAGUGCCUCUGCCGGGAUUUAUUGAAGCAAGGAGUUACAAAUGUCGUUGCGCCAUUUUUAAUUAAGGGUGGCUAAAAUUUGUUAAUAAUCACCGUCAGAUGAUUUGUAUAUCGACUUAGCGAAUGCUCCAGUUAUAAUUUUCCCGUGAUAAUUUUCAACAACCUUCACGACCUUCAACGCGGUAGUGGAAGAUCAUUUACACUGAGACAAGAAGACUGUUCAAUAUUGAAGGUUAGAUGUUAUCUUUUAUUCGAGUUAAUUCAUUCAACCGCAAAAAAUCUUAAAUCUCAUCGUCGGAAAGAAAAAAAAUGAAAACCGAAUUGUUCUUUUUUAAAGUACUGCCCAAGAGCUUUCAUCUGAAUGGACACGAGCCUUAGGAUAUUGUCCGCAGUCGCCAAAGUUAGAAGACAAUUGCAUGUUUUCUUUAUCGAGAUUACCAGUUAUCAAAACAGCGAAUGUUUUAUUGGCACUUUGAAAAUGUACUUGUUAAGGACUAUAACCAGCUCACUAAAUGCACUUUCGGGGUACUUAAAUUGUACUUCUAAGCGUGAGAUUAGAGGUGAGACUUAGUUGGACACGAAAGUACCUCACGCAAGUUUUAUCGAUGCCUCAGAUUGUUGACGUUUUUUUGCUCAGCCCACUGCCUCGUUAGCAGCUGAGCAAAUUAUGAGUCGGUCAAGGGUAGCGUUUUGGUUAAAGAAAGACACAAAAGUCAAAGAACACGAGGAAAAAAUAGAGAUGUAAGGAAAAAGAGAAAGCAAACAAGACAGAAAAUAAAAGACAAAGCCUGAAAGAGAAGAAAGAUUAAAGCAACAGAGAACAUACGUUUUUUUUUUCUAGAAAAAGGUCAGCUCAAAGUUCUAAAUUUUCAAUCUAGAAAAAUCAUGCUACACCACAGAAUAAUUUAUCACGCAAAACGAAAAUAAAUCAAUGCAGUAUUUAUUUAGAGACAUUACAAAGCAAAGAGAAAAAUCCGGAUUUAAUAAAAUAUGUAUUUAAAUUUUAUACUCUUGCCGCCAUUUCCGAAUUUCGUUUAGUGUCGUUUUUGUAAACUUCGGAAGUACUCGGGAGACAUGGAUUGCAGACUAUGUAUAGUCAGUGUUAGUCAAACCAUUUGUAACUGCGUUGGCCUCAUUUCUUGUUAAGUGUUUUACAAAAUCCCUUUAAACAGUAUUGGCUUCAAUCAAGAUGUAAAAUAAUGUAAUCAGCUAAAAAUGGUUCGUUUUUCUGACUAAUAGUUUAUUAUUAAAUAAUCUUUAUUUGAUCCACUUAUAAAGACCUUUGCCCCCAAAGAGGACCCAAAAUCAGUCAACGCUGAAAAGGCAUACAGGAAACGAAUCAAAAACAAAAAAGUAAACAAACAUAAUAAGAAACCAACAAAAUAAUUAGUUUUCGUUCGUUUAAAAUGCCUCUCGCCUACCUAAACAAAAUUACUUUUGAAUGGCACUACUGAUAAUUUGCCGUGCGGCCAACUCUCUCUUUGCCAACUGGCGCUCAAGGUUUUCAUUGUACACGGUGCUGAGAACUAUGCCAAAAAAUGCAGCAAACUCAUCCCAUCUUUGGUUACUUUCUGCGGAAUUAUUAAUUAGAAAGAAGCGAAUAAGAUACUAUAAGAUGGACAGCUGGGAAUAUUUCAUUAUAAUUAACAUCAUGCUUUUUCAAACAUUAGACAGCUGCAAGCCAACGGCGUCAGCUUAAUUUUUUUUAAUAAUUAUCAGGCGAAAAAAGCUCUAAUUGAGCUUUGAUGAGUGUUUGCACAUGACGUUCCUAAUUCAUUAAAAUUUUGCUCAUGGAAACUGAAAACGUUUUAGUUUAUCUUUAAGUCCACAAACAUGUAAAUGACAACGACAAUCUGUAAAGUUUAACGUUAACCCAAUAAGAAAUUCGAAAAUUGACAAUUAUUUAGGCGUAAUAAUGAUCGAAUAUUGUAGAUAUACACCUGUUGUGUGUGCUAUAAUUUCGUCAGUGAUAGCUUGCUGGAAUAUUGCAAGGCGUGCGGACAAUUUUCGUUAUUUUUUUUUAGUGUGUUUUUGGGCAUUUAUGUGACCCAGCAGUGAUCGUUCUUGCUUCACGUUAACUUACGGGUGCUUUUCAAAAGUCAGAACUGGCUGGUCAGACCGGUCAUUUUGAAAAUGAAAUUUUAGUCUUUUCUCGAAAUUUUUACUUACACCCCUCACAGCCAUGCAUACCACUUAAGAAUAAACUGAUGUGGCUGGAUAAUCGUGAUUAAUAGUGGAAUUCUCUUUCCGAUUGGACUGGUGUGGCCUGCAAAUUUUAACUAGGCAUAAUUUCAACAGACUAAAUUACUGCUAAGAAAAGGAUCUCUCAAAAGAAAUUGAAAGAGUAAGUACAUAUUUUGUAAUUUCUGCUCCACCUCUGACUGCAAAUAAUUUUGACGCAGGAUUGCUAACUACUGCGUGUCUUCGUUGACCAGUAACUACUUCGAUGUGAUUGGAGAACGAUUUUAACAGUGUUAGAAAUAAAUCUUGAUUUCUGCAAAAGAUAAUUACGAACACGAUCAUAAUACGGCGGUCAUUAUUAACUUGUCAAAAAACUAUUCAGUGUACAUAAUGUCGUCAUUGCCAUUUUCUAAAGGCAUCAGGCGGUUCCACCAAUAAGAUCGGAAAAACACAUUGUUCUGAGAAAUACGACAGCUGCAUUUCAGUUAAUUAGAAAGAUAGCAUUUGAUCAGCUGUGAAUUUAACUCAAGCUCAAGUAAACAGUUCGCGCGAAAAAUUUUAAGUUUGUGCCAAUAUUUACGUUGAUUAUUUUGGAAGAGCAUUUUGUACACUACGUUAGGCUUAAUCUGUUGCUCUUUAGUAAAAGCUGCUGAUGGCUCAGCUAGGAGACCACUUCAGAAAAGUGGCUACAGCACAACAAAUGGUAUCGGGGAACGCAUCCCAUUGGAUACACGGUAAAUUAUGGUCACUGAGUUAUGUUCCACUUGCUUUUCCAAGAAGUUUCGUCUUGUUUUGUCGAAAAUAUUGAGUGCCGUUUUGCCAGCAGUCAAUGGCCGACUUUUACUUUCUACUAUAUAAGUCCAAAGGGGGGUUUCCAAGAGUUUGCAUUACAGAGCCGGUUGUCGACAGUCGUGGAAAGUUUGGCUUCUUCUCAAAAAUGUUACUGUCUUUGGAAACAUAAGUUGUUAAGAAGAAUUUCAUACUCAGUUCAAGGUAGCCUGUUAACCGAAAUAUUUCAGCGUUAUUACAGUCGAAUUCAAGAGGUGUACCGAGCAGUGAAUAAGUUUAAGCAAAAGAGAAAUUUACUUCACGCUGUUAUUAAAACUCCAGACCUCUUUUCUAUCAGUAUAAGCAUAGCAGGGAGUGGUGUAUAAGAAAGGAUUUUCUGUCUCGCGCGAUAUCGGAGUUACGCCAACGGUUCUUUGUACUCUGGUUCUAGAGCGCUCCGGUUCAAACCAUAUAAAAGAAAGUACUUUGAAGCCGUAAAGCCAAUGUAAAUUCAUUUUUCUUAGUUAGCUAAAGGCGAACUCAAAACAACUUCAAGUUGGUUUCUUUAACCUUAAGGCUCAAAUUUGUUUCCAGUCUAUAAAUUUUAAUCCGCAUUGUUUAGUUAUAUUUUCUCUGUCUACUGGAUUGUUGCUUGUGCUUGUACACGGAAUUUAACGAUGUUUACGGAAAAUAAAAUAAACUGAACCUUGUUAAGGACAACCGAGAUCCAAGAACAAUUUUUAUUUAUACCCUAGUGUAUUUGUUUUUCGCACCUUAGUGUAUUAUUUUUUCGCUGCUCUUUCCUGUUUGUAGGUCUUACUUUAAAAUAUAUAACUGUAAGCUUCAGUUUACAUGUGCAUUGAAAUUCACGCUACUUACUAUUUUUGGUAUGUGUUUUUUUUGCGAUCUAUUUCGUAUUGAAGUAAGAUAUAUACUUCAUGGAAAGAAGUGUGCGCAUGGGUACGCUAUUUACGCGCGAGUUGUUGACCUGUCCGAAAUCGAACGAGUGAUCGCAGGGAACGAGUAAGAUUUCUGAUACAAAAAGAACGCACCGACCGUGCCGAAAGCACUUUGCAUGUGGUUUUGUCUGUCACCUUUUUAUCUUAAUUAUUUCCAAGGUGCAAAAAAUACUAAAAACAACUGCCGCCAAACAUCGUGAAACGAAAUAAAAGAAAACGACGUCGCCUUUCAGAUCAAAAACUAUAGUAGACAUUAUAACGAGGGUAAGGACGAUAGGAGGUUCAAGGAAUUACAAGUAGUCCUAAGGUAAUAAAAAAAACCAUUGCCUGCGUAAAAUGAAUGAAUUUGGGUAUAAUGGCUGGUUUGACUUAAUAGCUAUAUAAACAGAGGCCAGCUACAAGUAAAGCUCACUUUCCGCCCUUCUACUGUUGUUUUGCAAGCUCUGUACAAUGAUUCUCUUCAGUGCCAAUGAAAUAUACAAGUCAUUCUAUUACAAUUUCCGGACUAAUUGUUCACUUUUUUGCGAGAAAAUCUCUCCGUUAUGGACUCAAGAAAUUUUCUCGUCGAAUGACUGCGAAGCAAGGAAGCUGCAAGCACCUGAAAAGGUGCGGGAACCUUGGCGCAAAACUCAUGCUCCGCAAGUGAAAAAAAAUCGUUCGCGAUUCUGAUUUGACCUAUCAUUUUCUUCACGUGUAAAAAACAUCGUUUGCUUGUCAUGAUAACUGAAAAACACAUGUUCUCUUCAAAACCUGCCAAAAAAAAGUUCACCCUUGCUAUGGUCACGUGAUAAAGCUGGCCUUUUGCAGCACAAAUACGUUACAUAUGAGAUAGUUUAUUACUUCAUUGGUGGUUACAUAAUAAAUAGAAAAUUGCAAGGCUGCUUGGAGACGUGAAAUAGCUGAAAAAUAUUUCACUCUUCGCUGCGCUCACUCGUGAGAUCUUUUUCAACAAGAGAAGAGAAAAAUUUUGUAUCUUUAACCGACCAUGUAAUAUCCUCUUUAUAUUCCCGUGUUCAUGCAAAUGCAAGCCUUAUUCCAUAUUGAAAAAUGAAAGAAACUGUAUUUUUAUAUAGCUAGCUUAUUGACUUUCAUAUUCUUCUACAGGUGGUAGCCAAGUGACUCCAAGAAUGCAUCAGUUUCACACCUACCCAGCUACAAUGGGACAGAUGACGUGCCACCCAUUGCCAUUCAAUAAUAACCAAUCAGCGUUCACAAAACCUCAAACUUACGCACCUGCUUCAUGCUUGCCCACCUUCUGUCCCGAAAGAAGAGUCCUGGAUGAUUUCCGUCAUACGUAUUUUCCUGGUACAUCGGUAAGAGACUACAAUUGGCCUGUUAGACAAACGUUCUGUGCGCCACUGGAAACAGGCAACGCUGUCCAUUACCAACAAGGAAACCAUUACCACCGUCCCGCUUGUCACGUGAACUUUUACAACUGUUGUACCCGCGUCUGGCGCUCUGUGGAUCAUUAUUACUCUCCACAAAAGAGGCCCCGAAUGGUUGAAGAUAAUUUGCCGAAAAGUACAGAGGGUUCGACUGACAUCUCUGGGAAAAAAGAAACAGCUGCACGGAAACCCCUUCCCUCCCCUCCCCCUCUUAUAAGAACAUGCAUCAAACAGAAAGAGUCAAAACAACUGCAUUUGAAAAAGCUUGUUGGAAGGAAAACAUACGAAAAGGAUGUGUUAACCGAAGAACAUGUAUCCAAAAACAGAGAGCCUACUUCUAAGAUACAAGUUCCUGUAGUCGACUGCUCCAUGGCACAUCGCAAAAUAUCCAACGGCGGUUACAGGAGUGAGUUUAUGAAAAAGUUUUCAGAUGAAAGAAACGCGGAUAUUGAGCAACGCAAUCAAAAUUUUAUCGGGCCGGAUGAAUUUGAAACUGAACCAAGAAAUGGCAGCCUAAAUGCUAAAUGGACAUCACUGAACGACACACAAAAAAGCUGUAAGUCAACGCCAGGGGUCGAGAAGAAGCUUUGUAGUAACAGACAAGUGGAAAAACAAGUAGAGCAACAAUUACCGCUACAACAUACCGUUGAACGCUUUCACUUGGCCACAGGAGAAAAUGCGCAGCGGUUGGGUCAGACAACAGGGCUUAGGAAAGAGAAACAACGCAGUGUUAUCGUACAGAAUGAUAACUACAAAGUUAAUAAACGUAGACAUUCACAUUAUGAGAGUAUGCCCCAGGAAGGCCAAAUUAUGCCACAAGAAGGACUAAAGAGGAGCCGAUCCUUUCCUAUAACUGAGCGACGAGAUACAUGCUGCGACAACGGUGAUGAUUUCUACGAAACAAAACCGAAAGAUCAUAAUGCAGAGUAUAGAGUGCCUUUGUUUAAGGAUUGUUGUGAAAGGAAAACAAUGGUUCCUAAGCGUUUAAUUCAGAAUGGCCAGCAAAGGCAUUUGUCAAAUGGUACAGUUCACCCGCAACUGAAGUUCUAUCCGCAACCUAAUACAAAUCUCGAAAGGCACAGAUCAAAGUCAUUCGAUGCUCCAAAAAUUCAGACUUCCACGUCACAGUCUUUGUGUCAAAAUCUCCAACCGGAAAAUUUUUCUUACAGAACAAAAAAGCAAAGCGAAGUGCUUUGCGAGCCAGUUUUGAGGGACAAAUCAGUAGAGCAUGGUCAUGUUGACUUAUGCAGCCCUACGAUUAGUGGGCGAUAUGGACACGAACACGAAGCAAAGGUGAACUUUGUCUCAUCAAACGAAAAAGGGCCAGGGCCAAAAUCAGGACAUUGGGAACCCGUAUCUUACAAGAAUUCAAGUGAAAGCUUAAUCGGGUUAGCCUCAACUCGCAAGGAAAUUCGUCAACAAACGUUGAUAGAUCAGUCACAAGUAACCAUGAAAAUUGAGAGGAUACCUCAACAACAGCCAAAUAUCAGCAAGAGGGGAUGCAAUAGUGACAGUAGCAUGCUGCAUUUUCAGGAAAACCAGCCGUUGUCAUGUGAUAAUACAGGAUACAUACCCAAGUAUCUAGAUGCAAAUCAGACAGGUGUAUUGACGCAUCGUGACCUGUCACGUGACCAGGGCAAAAAAUCGCCGCAUGUGACUAACAACCAGGUUACCGUUGGUGGAAAGGUUCGUCAGUUUGGAAAUGUAACGAGUUCAGUGUCACCCAAUGGUCCUCAAAUCAUAGGGCCUAUUAGUUUGAGUGAACUGCAGAAGCGGAGGACUGCAUUAUCGCAAAGUCAUGUCAGCUUUAACAACACCAGACCAAACAUGAGCCGCAUUUUGAAUAAUAAAACAGCGGUUAACGAUCAAAAAUCACAUGAUCAAGAAGCCGUGGAAGAACCAAAACUUCACAGGAAAGACAUUAGCUCAGCUAGUCUUCAACAAACUGCCCUUAACUUUCCCGAAAUUGAGCAUCAAAAUCACGAAGUGAAAAUAUCAGUUGUCUCAAAUGAUUAUUCAAACAGUGUUAAUAGCCAAAGUUUGAAAGAUGAGCCAGCCGAGCAGCCAAUGUCUCAAUCACGGACCCUUCCACCCCUCCCUUCUGGUAAAGACUUGGACAAAAUCGACUCAGGGUGUGGUGGCUAUGCCAUUGAUCACUGUGCUAUGCCCAGAAUUGUGGCCGUGCAUUCCAUUGUAACAAACGACGAAAGCUUGAAAGAACAAGAAAGCGACUUGUUUUCCUUGAACGAUAAAAAAUACUGGAAGGAUCUCCUGCGCAAGCUGACCUCUGAUGUAGAUGACAGUGACGAGUCGAAAACCUUUAAGACUACUCAAGCAAACAGCCCUGAAAUGAAUAAAGUUGACGAUCCAAAAGACAUUGAGUAUCAGCAGGACAAUGAUUCUACUAUGGAACAGGAAAACGAAAGCAAACCGAAUGAGUUAAACAAGGUUAAUAAAUGGACUCUUUGGAAAUAUCUUUCUACGCCAUCGAAAGACCUAACAAUAGAGAUAAAAUGCCCAUCAACAGACUGCGACGAAAUUUGUGAUGCAAAGAAGAAAACCCAGCCAGUUCGUAGAAAACUAACAGUGCGAGAACUGAGCGAUAAAAUUUUGUAUACUCGAGAGAGAAUAAAGAAAGAGGAAAUUCCCUGGAAAAAGAAACUUCUUGUCAGUCUGGAAGCCACAUUUAUCAAACGACUAAGAAAAACAGAAAAGGAAACAGGAGAAAAAGCUGACAAUUUUAUCCUGAAGCAAAACGAGGAUGACGAUGACAGCAAAGAAACUGGGGAAAGAAAGAAGUGUAACAAACAAGGGAAAAAGAGGAAAACUGUAGCUAAAAGCUAAUUAAAAAUUAAACGCUAGUUUCACUUGAUUUUGGCCUACUCGAGGAAGACUGUUCAUCAACAGAGUAAGAUCUUUGUUGAGCAUUUGCUUCAUAUUACUCGAACACAGUUUCGCGAGGCGUAAUAGCCAAGCGUUUGGUACAGGGGGCUAAAUUACAAACACCGGUUUGUAAACAAGUCAUAUUGACUGACCAGUCGAGAAGUUCGGGCUGCGGCUGGUUCAAAGGCUCGAUGCCCUUCAGGUAGAGCCUCUUUUUCUCCCUUUCAAUCAAGGUAACGAUAAAAGGAGCCUCUGGUCCUGCACAGGGUGGCAAAUAAAGUACUUAUUUAUUUUGAAGAAGGUUUUGUGCAACGUCGUCUAAGAGCAUUUCUCGCCUCUAUUUUGAAUGUCGAGUCGCUCGGUAUCAAUUUUCCUGCUUCCUGAGAUUGUGUGAAAGGUUUUAAGAAAGAUUGUUUUACUUUUUCUCAAAAUUAGUUUAACUUAUUAUAAGAGUAGCAUUGUUAAGAGAAAUGCGAGCGAUAAGGAUCACAUUUACCCUGUGAGGUUUUUAAUUGACGUAUAUUUUAACUACAGUUUAUCGCAAGCAACUCGAUUUUAAAUCCGUGAAUCAGUACCCAUUUUUUAUCGUCUUUGUACGCUAAGUACCAGAAAUAGUUGUUGUUGUUGUUGUUGUUGUUGUUAAUAUUGUGAGUUACAGCUGUAAGAUAACUGGCCAGUGGCUG